CAACCCGCUCACAUACCCGCCCCGCCCUUUUUCUUCCUCCCCCUUUUGCCUCAGACUCCAUUCUCUCCCUCUCUCUCUCUCUCUCUCUCCACACACUCCAUGGAUGAGCUUGUUAUUUCCUGCUUUUCAUCUUCUUCAGUUGUCUCUCCCCAGGAAAACUCACCGCCCAACCUUGAACGAAGGCUCCAUUUCAUCCUCCAGAACCAGCCGGAGUGGUGGAUUUACGCCAUUUUCUGGCAGCCCUCCGACGACGGCAAUGGCAGUCUCGUUUUGGCCUGGGCAGAUGGCCAUUUUCAAGGCACUAAACGCUCACUCCCCAACGCAGACAACCAAAGGAAGCUUGUGAGAGGUAAUUUACAGGCUACGAUCAGUACGGAAACCGCCCAAAUAAUCGAUGAGCCUCUGGACGCCCAACUGUUCUACCUCAUGUCUUCGACGCGAUCUUUCUCCGCCGGUGAGGGUGUUCCGGGGAGGGCUUUCAGCUCCGGUUCGUUCGUCUGGCUGACCGGUGCCCAUCAACUCCGGUUUUACGACUGCGAAAGGGCUAAAGAAGCCGAGACCCAUGGCAUCGAGACUUUGGUUUGUAUCCCUACGGCUUGUGGAGUGCUUGAAUUGGGGUCCAAUGACAUGAUCAAAGAGAACUGGGCUCUGGUUCAACAGGUCAUGUCCCUGUUUCGGUCGGAUCCCAUAGUCUCCAAACAGCCAAACCCUACCAGCAAGGUCCUGAUUCAGUUUCUUGACGAGCGGAACAUUAAUUCCUUCGCCGAUACAGGAAUUGUUGCUGGCUUAGAAGAAGAUUUCAUUGAUGAUAUAGUAGAUGACAAACUACUGGAUGGCGACGCAAAGACAGCUACUACACAGGUCGAAGCCGCCAUUGAUGCUGCAGGAAACGAGUCAGAGCACUCAGAGCUGCAACAACAACAACAAAGAGUUCCCAAGAAGAGGGCACAAAAGGCGGCAGGGGCCAAGCCGUUGAACCACCACGUGGAGGCAGAGCGGCAGCGGCGGGAGAGGCUGAACAGCCGCUUCUACGCACUACGAUCGGUGGUGCCGAACGUGUCGAAGAUGGAUAAAGCAUCUCUACUGUCGGAUGCAGUGUCCUACAUCAGCCAGCUCAAGGCUAAGGUCGAAGACCUGGAAUCUCAACUGCUUCAUCACACAGUCGCUGGAUCUAAGAGAUUGAAGACGGAAGCGGCAGACACGGCCGAAAACCAAAGCGCCACCACCACCAAUACUACUAGUACUUGCGUGGAGGGAAACCAAGCCGGAAUAUUGCCCACAUCACCGCCGUCGCCGUCGCCGUCGUCGUCUGGAGGGCCGGUGGUGCCGCUAGAAAUCGAAGUUAAGAUUGUGGGUGGGGACGCAAUGAUCAGGGUCCAAUCCGAGAACGCGGAAUAUCCCACGGCGAGGCUAAUGGAAGCCUUGCGUGAUCUUCAAUUACCAGUCCACCAUGCGAGCAUCUCCACGGUUAACUAUCUAAUGCUUCAAGACAUCGUGAUUAGGGCUCCUCAUGAAGGGUCACUCAAAACUGAGGAAGGUCUCAAAGCUACUCUCCUCAGGAGACUGUCACAGCGAUGUUAACUGUAAAUAAUAAUAAUAAUAAUAAUAAUAAUAAUAGUAAUAAUCUACUACGUGUACUUUGUAGUAAAUUCCCCAUAUAUGUGUAAUCUUGUUUAGCUUAAUCUGUGAGCGAACGUUUGCAAAAUUGUGAUGUGUUGGUCAGUUUGCUGCCAUUUUUAUUAACAGCAGGCUUCGGAAGUACAAAUUACAAGUUGGAGCAUGGAUCAAGGGACAGUCACAGAGCAGCACACUUUUAAGAGUGGGCUUGAUGAUGAGGAUGCAACAGUACCUGACAUCUCACUAAUUGGUUGGCCAGAAAUAUCAGGAUUUGUUUGGUUGCUUGUGUGGCCACAAUUGUUUUGAUUUAACUUUCUUGGUACGUGAUUUGGAAUAUGCUGUCCCACAGCCAUUAAUCAGGCAGAAGAAUCCUUUAUUUUAUCUAUUGUUGCUUUCUCAUGCACCAUCGAGAGGCACGUGCAGAAAUCCAGCGUCAGUGCUGGUGUUUGUUUAUCAAUAUUGGAUUUGACAUGCUGAUCCUGAUGCUCUCCGUACAAUCAAGCUCAGAAAAGGGCGACUUUAUUUUUUCUUUUCUUUUCUUUUUCUAAUAAGACAGGAUUUUUUAGGAAAAAUUAAUGGAAAUGGUAGAAAUUUUGAA